GUUACCUUUAAAAAUGGCGGUCAAUAAUCGUCUUUGCAAACGUACAAUACUUUCACAAAUUUCUAAAUGAAUGUGGAGGUUUUAGCUCGUAUUCGACCACCCAUACGGGGAGAGCAUUAUUCUCUAAAUCUUUCGGGUACCCGCGUGCAAGCAAGUGAUGGAACUGGUCACAUAUUUGGAUCUGUUUACAAAUCGGAAUCAGUGACCUAUGAUAUUUUCAAAGACUCCUUGCUGCCACUGAUAGAACUCUUCAUCGCUGGUUACAAUGUUUGUUUCUUGGUUUUUGGAGAAUCAGGAUCUGGAAAAUCGUUCUCUCUUGCAGGGGAGAAGAAUUCCAAGGCUGGGUUGAUUCCCCUGAUAAUAAAUUCUGUUUUUACUCGAGUAAAAGGUGAAAGGUCAGCUCGAAGGGAACAAAGAGUACAGAGAAAUGAUCCGAAUGACGGAGUUGUGUUUGUACAGUUUUACGAGGUCUUUAACGAAAAAGUAAGAGAUCUGCUGCUACUACCACAUGAAGGUAGGUCUGCAUGAUUUACUACUAAGUAUGGGCCGAAAUGGUUUUUCCGAGUAGAUACGAAUUACCGAGAGUGAUGCUCACGAUUUUCUUCCAUAUCGCUACUGAUAUCGAUACUGUGACGUCAUAAAGUUAUACGAUAAGUCACAUGAUUUGAUUAACUUGAUAUAGGGUUAUCUUGCACUGUUAAGUUAUGUUUUGUGAAUACUCCACAGAGGCAUCAAUAAGACAGUCAAAAACUUAAACCAAUUGUACUUAAGUUGAAACUCACGGUCAUCAAUGAGUUCACUCUUGCAACACUUGCAAGCCACUCAGACUGGUACACUGAGGUGCUCAUUGCCCAAACUCAAGCCCAAAAUCUUUUUGGCUCCUUACCAGCAAAUGGCACCUGUGUGAGACAAAGCAUGGGCAGGUUGCAUGCAAUAUCAAAAGUUUUGAUACUUUACAUUAAUAGCAUUAUUGUCUGAUCAUACCUUGGUAUUGCUGGUAUUGAAUAUUUGGUAUCGAUAUGGGUCCAUCCUUAUUCAAUACAGCACAGUACAGUGCAGAGCUCUCAAGUCUAUUUACUGGCAAAGAGUGGGAUUUUGGACAGCAGUCUUUGAUUUUGAUCAGUACAGUGAAGAGUUUUUAAGUCUAUUUGCUGGCAUGGUGUGAGAUUUUGGAGUAUACAGCCUUUGAUUUUGACAUUGCAGGCAUCACCUUCUAGGGAGAGGGGGGAGAGGGGGUGGUGAAAAUUAAGUUUCUAAGUCAGCUGCAUUCUUUUAUCUGAGCAAGAAUUUCCAUUGUUGGAAAGUGUUUGAAGCAGCUAGUAAAAAGGGAAAGGGGAGUAAAUUAUAGCAGAGCUUGUGUAGCUCCAUAAUUACAAGGUGCUACUUUUAACAUGCAUGGUCAACUGUACCAUGGGCACGCCAACACCACGGCUUUGUCCAGUAGUCCAGUGGUCAGUGCACUGGGCUCCGAGUUGGAUGACUCGGGUUCUAGUCCUGGCCAGGGCAAGGUGUUGUGCCCCUUGAGACAUGUGGGAAAAAAAAAGCGAGCUCUGCUUGUAGGCUAGGCUAAAUCUAUAUAAUAUAAUUCAAGAGUUGUCUUUCUCAAAGUCAACAGUUUAAGUAAGAAACUUAAAUGAGUGUGUAAGAUUUAAUUCAUUAAUAGUAAACAUGAGUCUCAUACUCAAGGUUUGAGACUCAAUAGCUCUGUAAUCAGAUGUUAUAGAGGCAUACUGUACCAUACUAACUUCUUAAUCAUAUUUAAUUUAUAAUCAGACAAGUAUAUUGAUGUUGUGGAAGAUGGACGUAAUGGAGUGCAUGUGCAGAAUGCGACUUACAAGAGGGUUGUUGAUGCAGCAGAGUGUACCAAUGUAUUUCGUCAGGGGUGGUCAAACAGAGCCAUGGGACAAACAGAUUUUGAAACAAGAACCACAAUUUUCUUCUCACUUGACAUGUCAAUGGUGAGUGUGUGAAAAAGUUAUGACCAUACUUGAGUAUUCACCUAUUAAACAACAAGUUUUUACCCUGAAAUAUUUUCCUUUUAAAUCCACAAGUUCUCUUUAACUCCCGUGAGUGAUUAAGAUAGAAUUUCUCCUUACUAUAUCUAUACAAUGUCAUGCAGACAAGUGAUGAGAAUAAAAAAAAAUAUCAAUUAUAGGAUUACUAAUUGAUCUGAUACCAAAUUCUCCACACUAUAAUAUAAUGAGAAUCGUUUGGCAAACAGUAGGGAGAAUUACUAAUGAGAUCUUGGGAGUUAAAGGGUUCAAGGACUUGAAAACACACUCAGAUAGAAAAUCUAAGUAAAACAGGCUCCUCUUUGUGGGAGAUAUGGCUGCAAUGGGUUUGCUCAUUGUAUAUUUGUCACAUUUAACCCUGUACACCCUGACAUCAGUAUCUAUUUUCUCCAUAUUCCUUUGUACACAUUUCCUUUCAUAUUGAUAGGGAGAAUUUGUUUAACAAUCAAAGCUUCCCAGGUUGGUUAUCAUUUCCUUUAAUCUCAUGAUUUAGUAGUCUUAUUGUAGAGAGACGUUACAUGCUUUUAUUCUUCCUGAAUCAGCUUUUCUUUGCCCAUAAAGGUUCCAAAAGAUGGUCAGGAUCUGUUUACAUCUCGUUUUCUUGUGGUGAAAUUACCUGGAGCAGAAAAACUAGCUGAAGACCCUACACAGCUGCGCAUGAGGGAAGGUCCUACUUUAAAUAGGUCUCUACUUGCAUUUGGGAAUCUUGUAGCUCAAUUAGCUGCAGCUCCAAAGUCUACAAGAGUCAUCAAUUAUGGGUGAGUGUUUGACUUUUGUACCUGAGAGAGGUGUGUGGUUCUCUGGAUCAGCAGGUCUCUGUCUGACCUGUUCAGGUCAUCAUGUUGUAUUCUUAAAUAAAAUAAAGUGCUUCUCUCUCUCUCUCCACCUGGGAGUACAAAUUUGUACCGGUGAAAUGUUAAGAAAAUCAGAGAAACUGUUGGUAUGGGGGGUUGGGGUUAGGUAAGAUGGAUAACUGUGCAUCUCACUCCAUGUCUCUCCACUGAGGAAUAUAAAUGGGUUUUGGUAAACUGACAGUGAAACCUGAGAAAUGCUUGGGAGAGGGACUGGGGGAUAGGUGAGAUUUUUUUCUCCAAACACUUUUUUCUUUAUUCAGGAGAAAAAAAAAUGAUUGGUUGUAAUGCUAGCUAAGGAAUGAAAAAAAAAAGAGACUAGCUGAGUUAUAUCUGAGCUAAUGCUAUGUUCAUGGUGAUAAUAAGUUUAAAAAUGUGUACUUCUGAUUAACUUAAACUGUUGUUGUGGUGCUCAUUUUUUGACUUUUCAGAGAGUCUAAAGUGACCAUGUUACUAAAGGAUGCACUUGGUGGAAACUGCAAAACAAAAGCGUUGGUGACACUGCACCCUUCUGAUAGUUCCAGUCUUUCAACUGUACUCAGAACUGCUGGGCAACUUGCUCAAGUACAAAAUUAUCCUGUAAUCAAUGACUUUAUGGCAAAGGUGUGUGUGUGUGUAUGUGAAAAUUUAAGUUUUUGAUUUGAAGUGGUGAGAAGAGAACAGUGCUUUCAAUAAGAAUUGAAGAAGGUGGCUACAUUUGUCAAGCACCCGCCAGAGAAUAAUAUAAAUUACAAUUUCCCUCUAAUAUCCCAUAACUUCCAUUCAGAAUAAACUGGCUUCAAUAGAGGUUUUUGGUGUUACUUCCAAAGUUGAUCAUUAACUAUUUAGUCUCCUUUAAAAAAAAUUAUUUAACUGAUCGUUUUUUGCUGGAAAUGUAUGAAACGUAUGCUCAAAUAUAUGAUAACACAAUAUCAAUCAUUUUCAUCAAAAGUCACAUAUAAAGGUAAAAAUUGAAUGAAAGAACUCUAUAAGAACUCAAGGUGUUUUAGGCCUCACUCUGUGAGUUUGCUUGAAAGCAUACAAAGUAUACCUGGCUGACCCGGCGAUUCCCAACAGAAUACCUGCUGGAGCUCCGGUGGGUGCUGGGUCUUAUUGAAAGCACUGAGUGAAGCUAGGAUGUCCAAGUCAACAGGUGCAAAGUCAAAUGGGACUGUUCUAAGCAGUCACAGUGAGUAGAUCAUCCAAGUGGUGGUCACCAUUUCACAAAAAUGCUGACCUCUACUGAGCUUGUGGAAAAUGUCUGUGAUCAUCACCAAGAACAUUCCUUUUCAACAUAUCAUGUACCUUCACAUGACCACCAAACCACACAAUUUUCAGAGACUUUUUCAAGAAUCUUCUAUGUGUAAAUGAAACCAAGUGGGAAAUGGUCUUUACUCUCUGAGUUAGUUAGAAGAUUGUGUUAGCUGACAUUGUGAUUGAAAGGUUGUCUUUUGUCUUCACACAGGAACUCUUAUGUCAGUAUCGAACCCUAAUUAUGAAACUUCAAGAUGACAUCCAAAUGUCAGGUGGUGGUAGGAGCUUAGGUACAGGAGAAACUCCAGGCAGGGCACAGGAACUGAAAGAUCAAAUGACACAGCUCACACAGGAAAAUGUAAGUUUAACUUGCAAGAUAGCUGAGCUCUUUUGCUUGCGUGUUAAAAAACAUAAACUAAAGUGAUCACAAGGACUAAUCAGACAAGAGGAAAAUCCCUUUGUGUUAGAGAGCUAAAUUGAGGGCUUAAAGUAAAACUGACCAAACUACCUAAAGCAUAUGGGAAAACACAAGCAACCAACUUCUGAUUGGUUUUAGUUUUGCGUCUGAUUGGUUGAGAGAAUGGUAUCGUGAUGAAACAACCUCCUUUUUUUGAUUUGCUUAAUGAUUUCAAUGACGGGAAUGUUAGUCGGUAACGACAAUCCUUUUGAUUAAGGAACUGACUAAAAUGUAUUAACUUCUCCUUACUAUAUCAGUACAUUAUCCACUAUACACGUAGUGAGAAAAGACAAUCUUAUCAGCUGUAGGGAACAAUUACUGGUACAAAUAUAUCAAACCUUUGGAAUUUAAGGGUUCAGUGCAGAUGCAACUAAAAACCAUAAUGUCAGACUUUAUUUUAUAGUAAUUGAGUCUCACCCCUAACUGGUUAUUAUUGUAUUUUCUUGCGGCUGUAGUUUAAGUUACAGGAGAAAAAUGAGCAGUUAUAUACAAGGCUUGACGAGAUACAGACAAGAUACAGUGAACUGAUGAAUUCAAAGACACAGCUCUCUUCAAAGUUGAUCUCCAGUGAAGAAGAAAAAUUACAGGUUUGUUUCUUGUUCUUUUUUUUCUUGGUUUCUUCUUGUAUCAGGGGUUUCAGUCAAAUUUUAUUUAUUUUAUAGUGGGCCACUGGCCAGCUUUUAAACAAUUGUCAAGAUUGAAGGGAUCUGAUUGAUAUAAUUUAUUCAUUGUCUGCACAGCUGUCUAAUUCACCAUUGACAACUACCUUAAAGUUUGAAAAAAGUUUUUGAAACUUCUGUUAUAGUAUCCUAGAUAAUUUUUAAGUACUAAGUUUUUUUAAAGAAAAUGGAGAGAUACAAUAUAGUUGAUCAGAAAGCAUGUUAGAAUGCCAGUUGUGCUAUUUUUGGUGCUAUAUCUUUUAAAUAUUUUGUCUUGAAAAAGUGCUUAGAUAACUAGAUCAGGGGAGGGGAUAUAUCCUUGAAAAAACAGUUUUUUAAAACUGUGGUUGAGUGACUUGAAUUUGUCAUGAAAACUUUAUAUUUUUGAUACUCAUUAGAUUUCCAAGACAUUGGUUGACAUUCAGUUGGAAAACAACAGAAUCCAGGAAGAUGCAGAGGCUGUCAAUUUUGACUUCAACAAUAAGGUAGGUAGAGACCGUGCAGUACUCUUCAAUAAAUAACCUCAAGAAGCAAUUUUGUUCUAACUUGUACUUUGUUUGUUGGUGAAAUGUGUUUAAGAAUUUCCUUGGGUUUCUUAGGUCCAAUUUACAUAAUGCAAUUCUUUUAACUAUCAAAGCUGAUCAGUUUAAUACAAUAUUACUUACACAUGCAUUAUGUCAUCUGAAUCACACCUGCAAAAACUUUACAACAAUAGCAUCCAGGUCAGGUCUGUGUAAUUGCAUCCAUGUCCAAUGUCAUAACUACUCGUCAACCUGAGUUUUCGCUAUGUAUGAUCCUUACAGAUUGUAUAAUUUGUAUUCAUGAGUCAUAUGACUCGUACAGAUCCUCUAUCAUUAAAAACUUAUUAUAGUGUCUGUCAUUUGGCUUUAUAAGAGCACCAACAAGUUCUCUGUGCCUCAGUUGGUAGGGCAGAAAACCUUUAAAUUUAAAAUUAUAAUCAUAAGCCUCUGAGAUACAGUGUCAAUUACUGAACAGGAUGUGAGAAAAUCCCUGAUUUUUUCCCCUUCAUUUCAGGUGCUUGCUCUUGAAAAUAAUGUCAUGGAACUUCAGAUGUUUUUGGAUAAGGCUCAAGCUGACUUGACAGCAAGUAAAGAAGAUCUUGCUGUCAUGGAAACAGAACAUAAAGAGCUGGCAAAUGAGUACAUUGCUUUAAAGACCAGUCAUGUUCAGUUAACUGCAGACUAUCAAAAGGAGGUGGGAUAUUGUUAAUAGUGCACCAACCAGUUCUGAUCUGUGGCUGAGUUGGUAGUGGAGCAUACAAACUUGGAGAGCAAGUGCUCAGCAUUCUCUUAGUAAAAAUUAUAGUAGCCUUCUAUGAAAGAAAUUUGUACUCCUCACAGAAUCCCUGUACCCAACCAACCACUCUAACUCAAACAUAUUAUCAGGCUAAAAUGAGAUGAUGGAGAUGUUGUAAAUCAUCCCCUAGCAUUUUAGAGUAUAAAUUAUAUGGUUCCUCUAUCAAUUUCCAGCUUUGUAAUGAAUCAUUCCCACAAUUGAACAAGAUCGGUACAUCAAAAAAUUUGUGUCAAGCAAAAACUUGAUGUCAUGCAAAAACUUGGUAUGAGAUGCUGUGAGGAAAUUUAGCUUGCUUGUACAAUGGACCUCAGGUCAGGCCUGAAGAGCCUGAUUCUUAGACAGUUGAAAGAUGGAGUUGAGUGAUUGAUCAAGAGUUAUGCAGAAUGGGACUGCUAUUAAAAGACAAAAGCACACAAAAUAAUUAUCUGAGUUCCUGAAAAUGAUAUCCUGCAUGGUUUCAAUGGCAUGAAGGGACUAAGAAGUAACACAGGAGGAUAGGUCCCAGUCCAUCAGAAUCUUACUCCUUCCCCCAGGAUUUCAAUGAAAGUUUCCUUGUACCCAAUUACUCCUUGGUCAAGAGAGGCACUUUGAAAAGAAAAUUUCCCUUCUGAGAACAUUAUACAAUGACCCAGUCAGGUCUUUAACCUUAUCUUUUUUAUUUUUAGAUUCCAUGUAUUAUACUAACACAAAGCUACUACAUGAUUUCAAUUUUAUGCUAAAUAAUCUUUUUUAUAUUUUUAUAAGGUGGCCAAAAAUGAAGAGUUGGGUUUGGAACUUGUGACGCUGCUCAACACAAAGGAAAAACUACAAAGUGAUAAAGAAGCUGUGGAGCUUGAAACAAUGAAGGUUGAGGGCAUUUAACAAACACUUUAUUUUACUUUCUUGUUGUCUAAAGAUUAACCUGACUAUUACAAUAAUAUGUUAUUUAAAACCAGGAGCAUCCAUGUGCUUCUGUUGAAAAUGAAUAUUUAGUGCAAUCAUCCAUUCAAUAGCAGGGGUCUUAUUAGGUUGCAUUAGUUUUACAUGCUCACAAUUGUUUAUCUGGCCGGCCAUGUUUGAUUUAGAGUUGGAGGGGUUGAUAAGGUACAGGCAUUGCGAGGGGUACAAAUCUCUUUCAUUGAUGGCAACUAUAAUUUUCACUUAGAGAAUACUGAGUACUUGCUCCCCAAUUUCAAGUUUGUGUGCUCUACUAGCAACUCAGCCACAGAGAACUGGUAGUUGAACUAAGCCAAUUUUUCUUUACAUGCUACUCUGGCCUGAUCUGCAUGCUACUGGUGCAGUUGUUAAAGUUGUUGCUGGUAUAAUUCAGAUGGCACAAUUUUCCUGUAUAAGCACUUACUAUAGGCUGAUCAGCUGAGAUGGUUAAAAGAAUUGCAAGUUUAUGUAAAUUGAACCUAUGAGGGAAGUUCUCGGCCAUGAGUGUUGGUAAUCAUCAUAGUUAAGAGUUGUGACUCCCACUCAGGUUGUCAAGACCAAUGCCACUGUUACCAACUGCAGUCCUUUUUAGGGUCGUAGUUUUGAAGUAAAGAACAUCUAAAUUCAAAGAAUCUGACCUCUAAUUCAGUUCAAAAGGAGCAUGAAACGAAAUAACAUGAUAAUAAUAUCAGAUGUUUUCUUUGCUUCUAGGAGUAUUAUGACCAACUUAGGAGGUUGGCCAGCAAGUUUUCAAGGAGCUCUCUCCGUGAGAAGGUAGCAUGACCUUUUAUUGUUCUUUCCCUAAACCAGAUUUCUAUUCAAACUUUGUUGCUUCAUGUUUAAUUUUCAAAUUGAUCAUGUAACAAUGUGUGCAGUAAUUAAUAUGGCUUGAUUCUCUGACUGUUUGUUCAAUACAGGAUGAUUUGUCCAAAAGUGUGCUUUCCUUACAGUCCGAGAAGCUCGAACUUGAAAAACAGGUAAUGUAUAUUUGAUCCAAAGGUCCAAAGGAUUUAACCUCUUGCACACUGAGAUAAUUUGUGUAUUAUUCAUCUAUCCAAAAGUGUUUCUGCCAAAACGUUUUAGCUAAGAAAUUCUGUUGGAUUGCUGUCCCUACACCCAGAAGUGAACGUUACUUGAAUUUUCCUGCUAUUUUAAAGAGCAAACUGAUAGUUACUGAGAGAGGAGAAAUUUAUUAACCAGGGAGUAAUUUUUGGAUUUAAAAUCAAAUUCCCAGGACAAACUAGAAGAGAAAUAUGUUGGCAUCAAGUGGGAGAAUUACCUUUCCGAUAUUGCAGGCAGUUGAAGGGCUGUUAGACAUCCUAUGUUGCUUGCUAACAGUUUCAUUUUUUGUUAUUACAGUUAUUUCAAAACAGCCAACAACGAGAAGGACGGGUGGAGGUUCUCAGGACUCAGCAUCAAAGAGAACUGGUCAAGUUGGAAGAUAGAAUGUAUAUAGCUUUUCCUGUUCUUGUAUUUGGUCUCCAACUUCUAGUUUUUCAUAGACCUUAACUUUCAACCCCCAAGGGAGACUAGUCUCUAAUUUCUCCUUACAAUGUCGCCCCUGACUCACACAUUAAGGUCAUGAGAAUAAAGGAAAUGAUCACAACCUUAAGAAGCUCUCGACUGUUGAACAAAUUCUCCUUACUAGUUCCGCAGAAAACGCAUGGAAUAAAGUAUGGAUAAUAUGCAUAUAGAUGUCAGGAUAUGAAGGGUUGAGGGUGGUCUCAGUGAUAGGGAUCUACUCUGUGUAAAAUUUAAUCAUAAAGAUUUGUUUCUUUAGAUCCAAAUUGACUCAAGAGCUGAAAGACUCCAAGGAAUCUCUUCGGGUGAUACAGCGGAAAUUAGCCCUUCAGUCUUCUGUAAGUAAUGUUAUUGUUGCUCGAGUAAUAGUUUGUGAUAGCUUACCUCUGGGACAUCUGUAGGGGACAUCUAUCUUCAAGAAAGGCAAACUUUGAUUCUGACAAAUUAGGAACGCCUCAUACUCUUUCUGUUCAGUCUAUUGCCUCUAAUGUUGGGGCACGAUUUUUGAAGGAAAAAUUUAAAGAAAUCCAUUCCUUCUUAUGAGAACCAGCAAAGGCUACGAGAUGGUUUCCAUCCGUGGAUAAGAUUCUACUCUUAAAAGCCCUAGUGGCUUUUCCAUAUCGUUCUUUGAGCAACUCAGUUUACAAAGCGAAGUAAAGCAGAAUCAGUGUGAUACCAGAUCACGUUAGUUUUGCUUUAUUUUGCUCUGUGAAUGGUCCGUGACGUCUGCCACUUUCUCAACCAAUCAGAUUCAAAACUUAGACCGAUCGCGACUUGGUCACCCGCGUUUUCCCGCGCUUCGAGCGGUUCAAUUGUUUUUACGUUAAGUUCUCGGUUUUCGAAAUGAAGGAAUGUUCUCCAAUUCUGGCGGAAGAGAGGCACUGUGCUGUUUCUAUUGAGCACAACGCGAUCACCCUUGUUAGGACUCAAAAACAGGGCCUUUCAUUUUUAUUUUCAUUUCAGUAAUGUAACUGAUGUUAUAUAAUUCUGUUGCAUUAUAAAGGAACUGAUCUCUGCCAACGGGGAGAGGCACCGUUUACAAGAAGAAAGUAACAACCUGGACCUGCGCCUUAAAGAGCUCAGCGCGGAAUAUACCAACAGACUUCAGCAGUAUAUUCAUGAUAUUGCGGUGAGAAAUAUUUAUUAGAGCUUUUUAAAUUCUCGUUGUAUUUAGGGGACACCGUCAUCCAAAGGACACGAAAUUUGUAUCAGUUACCUUUAUUGAUGGAACAUUUACACGGAGGACAUUUUAAGUGGUCUUCAGGAAGCCCCAUGAUUAGGUUCCACUAUAUCCGUAUCUAUACAAUAUCAUGCAGAAAAGUGAUGAGAAUAAAGAAAAAUAUCAAUUAUGGAAUUACUAAAUAAUCCGAUACCAAAUUCUCCAAACCAACAUAAUGAGAGUCAUAUCGCGAGAGUAAGAAUUGACGAAAAUUUCCGAGAGAGAACGAAUAUUGACGAUGGUUGACGAGAGUGAACGAGAGUGGUAACCGCUGCACCCGUUUCAACUUCAAAUCUUCAAGAAACCUCUCGUAGACUCUUUUUUGCAGGGAAAGUUGCAUCAUUCCUGGUCGAUUCUUAGACAACAGGACAUAUCAUUAUUUGCUAACUAUUUUAUAACCCUGGGGAUUAAGGAUCAGAAACAUGCCGAUGAACAGCCUAUGGGCUCAAACAACAUCUCGAUUAUAACAUUCCUUUUCGUUACCCACAGGAGUUCUGUGGAAAGGUUAACGAGAGGCAGAUUUCAGUGGAGUCAUUUCAGGGGUACAUUGAUAUGAUGGUGAGACAAAUCAGAGAAUCACACGAGAAAAGAGAAGAAGCCUUGGAGAGCAGACUGCGAGAAUUGAAAGCUACCAUAAGAGACUUGGUACAAAAGCACGAUAAUCUUUCUUCAGCUUACAGGUGCGCACAAUUACAAUAAAGGCUCCUCCCUCUCCUCCCCCUUAAAAAAAAAACAGGUACAAUUCCCCCCUUUCCAACAAUCUUCAUUCAUGAUUGACAUAUUUUUUGUCAUUAUUUUAGGAUGUUACGGUACGACAUUGAAAGUAAAGAAGCAAAGUCAGUGCCACAGACUAACCAAGCUAGUUUGUAUUUGCCUUCAGAGACUGAACUGCAGACUGCCCAGGUGAGCUUCUUGUUUUCAGCAAUGUUUUUGGGAAACAACUGAGAGCAGGCCUAUUCUGCGUCAAUAACUCCGUAUUUUGUUUUUUUUUUUUUUUUAACAGAGUCGUGAAAUUGCGAAACUGACGGCGGAUCUCAAAGAAUUAAAACGAAGUAAUGAUGAACUAAGACAAAAGGUACCAUUGACAUAGAAUUUUUUUUGUCCUUUUUUUUCAAAUCUCUGAGUGGCUGACAUUAUGAAUUUUUUACCAAUUCUUCGUAUAUUCGUAAAGCAAUAAUUAAAGCUGUCGGUGUAAACCCUAUCGACUGUGACAGAAAGAAGGCCAUUUCCAGAAGGCCAUUACAGUUGGUAAUGGUCAUAGGACCGGGUGAAGUCCAGUUUGGCCUUUAGUAAUGCGAGUGAUUAACAAAAUUUUGCUAAUUACGAAUAUAGGACUACACGAAGUCGUGUUAACAAUUAAUCAAAGCUAUUACACAAUUAGAGAAACAAACUAUUCAUCGGUUUAUACGUCUUCAUAGAAUAACAAAAAUUAACUCGGCGAAUUGCGCCACAAGGAGUACGCUUGCACAUGACGCGUACUGUCCAAGUACACUGUUGAAUUACAAGCAAGACGCGUAAUGUCCAAUUGCUCCGUUCAGUUACAAGCAUGAAGCGUACACUGUUCAGGUAGCGUUGAAAUCGGGCUUGUAACAACUAAACAUUUUAUUACAGUUUUUAUAUUCUUAACUUUGUUCCAGUUGGCCUCCAACACCUCGCGUUUUACAGCGGAUGACCAGCAACCGGAUCAACUGUGAGUUUAAUGUGCUCCUUCCAGGAUUUCUGAUAAGUCUAAUCCAAUAAAGUAUAGGUAAUAACAUGUUUUGGGUGAAAUUUGGUGUUAAAAAGCACGAGAAAAUUUUUCAAAGGGAACAAAAUUGUUUGAGCCCGCAGGGCAAUUGCAAUUUGUAGUCUUUGAAAAUUUACGAGUGCUUCUUAACGCCAAACUGCAAGAGAAAUCAUGUUAUUAUUUGUUAGUAAAGUACAUGAAAAAACAUCACAGUAAAUUUUGAUAGAGUGUGCGUGCUAUUUGUAACUUUGCACUCGUGUUACAACUUUGCUCUCGUGUUAUAUGAGAAUACACUCGGUUUUAGCCAAUCAGAAGCGCGCAAUUUUUUCAUGUACAUUAUAAGGUUUCUUAAAGGCUGUAUUUUGUUUGCCAGAUUGUUACCAGCAGGUCAGGCAACAGUGGAGAUGGGUUGGGGCUACCUCCGAAAGCAACUCCGCGAAUUCACACUGAAUACCCAGGUAGCGAAAUAACGAUGACUUCUGCUGAUUUCGAACAACUAGCUUGUCAAUCCCAGUCAAUCUUUUUUAUCCUUACCCAUCUUCGUUCCUUUGUUGUUUAUUUUUGAUGUUUUACUAUCUUACCAAACAAUUAUUUCAUGGUUUCUGGGUGGACUGAAAAAAGGGCGACAAAUAUUAUGGCCUAACUGCUGAAAUCUUUCGGGUUAAUCUUGAAGCGUAUUAAAUAUACUUUACAUCGUUGGUUUUUUUACCCUUUAGCAAGACCUGGAAAGUGAGCGCGCUUCACUGAUGACACGUUGUAUUAUGGCGGAAGAACAACUUGCGCGCCUUCAGCACUACAUAGAUACAAAUCUUAAAAGGUACUACUGAUUAUCUAUUGAGAAUAACCUUUCCUUGAUUAUUGGUCUAAGAAUCUUUUUCCCUCCUUUGAUUAGAAGGUGCUGAUGAAACAAACUGAUUGUACUGAUGAAGCAAAGACAUCACCCUCCUGUGUGUGUGUGUUUGUGUUUGGGGGGGGGGGGGAACGGGAGGGAAGCGGGGGACAGGAUUGAAGCGGGAACAAAGCUAUAUAUUUGCUCUGCGUCUUGCUUCAUUUAGGCUUCUCAUCCUUCUCUCUUUAUAUUGCAGAUACCAAGAAGAAAUUGUUCGUUUGCGAACAUUGUUAGGAAAUACUGCUCCCGCUGCGCAUUCAAGACGCUAGAACUGUGUAGUAAUAUACUUCAAAGCCAUAAUCAAAAGGCGGUUGUUGUCGUGGGUUUUCUUUCCUACGCUCCAUGAUUGGUUAAGAAAAUUCGCGCCACUCUCUCGACCAAUCAGAUCUAAGAAAAAGUCCAAUUAAGACUUAGUAACAUGCGUUUUACCACGGAUGAGGACUUUCGCCAGAAGGUUUUGGUGCUGGGACACUAAAAAGGAAGAGUGCUGCAUAAUGUCUGGACGUUUUUAAGUUGUUGUACAGUUUUCCCUAAAAAUAUUUAUUAGUCAUUUGUUGGAAGGAAGUGGACUUUACCAUUCGAAAGAAAGUGUGUUUAAAACUGACUAUCUUUGUUGUAUUGCUCCUUAUUAUCGAAGUGAUAUGCUUAUUUUAAACGAUCCCUUGACCUGUUGUGGCUCAUUUAAUCGCAAGUUUUGUAAAAACUAUAACUGGCAUUGCAGGCGGUGUCACGCUGCCUCAUUGAGGGCCUUUGAUCAGACCAAGUUUGUCAGCGGUUUAGUGUGCACCUUGCUAUGUCCAUGGUGUAUUUGUUAUGAUGCGUCUGCAAAUUGUAAACGAUAGACCGAUGCAGGGUAACUAUUCAACAACUAAUGUGUCAGGGGAAUUAUGAUAAUCGCAAAU